AUGGCGCUAAUGGACGCGUACCAGAGCGUAAAAUCAUCAUGCGGUUCUCCUCACCUGCCGGUUCCAUUGACACCUAGUCGGAACCAGUUUCUGGGAAGCCCUGGUCCGACUAUUCCUCAAACUCCCAGACAGUACGGUGUGAUGGUUCGUGACUACGAACAGCUGCAAGGUACACAUCAAGCAACGCUGCGGCAGCUUGAACAAGCACAAAUCGAACUCGAUGAUGCUCGGAAAACGAUCAGAAGGAACAACGACACCAUUCGUCGUCUCCAGAGUCAGAUCUCCGAGCUCGAGGAAACCAUCCAGAGACAGAAGAUCACCAUUAGCAAUCAGAGCAAGACUAUAUCUGAUCCAAAGUCGAAGCGUCCAGCAAGUGUUCCGAUGACCCCCCUUCGUCAUGGAUCUCAAGAGAGCCCAUUUGGGAAUGUUAGAGGACAGCCUUCGAUUUUCGACCAGACUCCCCCGAAAUUUGAACUCCCAGUGGACGCUCCGACCUCUGGUGGGAGUACGGGUUCAGCGGCACAUCAGCAACUGAGGCUUUCACCGGCACCUGAUGGUGCAACUUCGUUCAUGAGCACUCACUCCUUUCCGCACCUCGAUUACAAUCGUAUUUCUACUGGAUUUGUCUCGAGAUUUCAGGAACUUUGGCGGAAAUCUGAGGUUUUCGGCCAAGUUCAUGCAAACUUGCCGGACGUCAGAAAGGACAGCAAAGUUGAUCAAAGGGUCAAAAACUAUCUGAUGGUCAUUUCCGACACUCACGGUGCAUUCAACCUGCUAGGUACCGAUGACACCCGCUUCCACCUGGUUGCUAAAGCAAUCAACUUCUACCUCGUGCGUGAAGUGCUCAAGAUUACCGUCGUGAAGGGGUUCGAUUCAGUGACCGACUCCGAGAUUGGUCAGAUCAAGAAGCAACUGUUCCCAGACACCCCCGUGACCGUGAGGAACAUGAUGCAUAUUGCAACAGCGAAUCAGGUGAAUAACGUCAAACGGAAGGCUGGGUUCUCAGAGUUUACACGAAGGCGCAUCAACGAGCGCACUGAGAAGCUGUGGCAGCUUAUCGGACCCCUUACCUACGAAGGAGGUCCUAAUGCCUGGUCUGACCUUUUCAAUAUUGUGUCAGAAGCCCACGGUCUGUCGCUGGAUAUGUUCUCGGCACUGUUUGAAUAUAAACUGGAGUUCCCAGUGAACAACGACACUUUUGACCAAACAACAAUGGUUAAUCGGGACACAGUCAUGAAAGGAGAUCCAGCUGUUUUAAUGAGAAAUGGAGCGCGCGUUAGGCUUGGGAUCACGCCCAUAAUAAAGAUGCGGCACAAUUCUGGUUCUUCAUCGCAGAUCCAGCUCAUUCACCUGGGCAAUGUUCUUCUGAAGCCAGCUCCUAGACCACAAAGCUAGGCUUACUUGUUUAACAGAAGAACGAUGUUGUUUAAAUCAAGUUAUCUUUUCUUUUCUUCAAUGUCAGAUCUCGGCCGAUAGAUGAUAACAAUGUAAACUGAAUAUCCCAUAACCUAUGCCAAACAUUCUGAAGGCCUUCAUAUGCAUCUGAAUAGAUGCUUGAGGGAUAAAAGUGCUAUUUCCUUUCUCGGGCCUUUGUGCCUUUUUGCUCUAUCGCAGCGUGACGAGACUACAUGUUGUUUCA